CAAGACACUACAACGCAUCAUCACUACGAUUCUGUCUCUGCACGAGAAAUGUCCGACCAUGAUGUCCCCGCGUUCGAUGUCUACUUCAUCUUCCAGAAACAGGAGUUGAAGCUCGUCUUCAACUCGGCAACCCAUGCAAAUGCAUACCAAGCCUCAAACCGCGAGGGUCGCAUCUUCACCGCGGAGCCCACUGCUGUCUACCUCCCUUACUCCCCCACCAUGACCUAUCUCCGCGACAGCAGCAAUGGUCUGGUGAUUGGCUUCGCGACCACCGAAGACGCAGAGACAUGGUGCCGCACCUCCAUUCUCGGCCAUAUUUACUCGUCAGAACCAUCACCCGAAGUUCGCAUCAGACGCAACUGGACGGACGAAGAGCUGGAUGAGGUGCUUCGCAUCCAGUCCAACACGAAUGUCUUCCGAAAAAGCGUCCCUUUCACCCUGCGACCUGCCAUGCCACCAAGCAUCACUCCCCCCGCAAGCACUUCCUCUUCCUCUACCACUACCUCGAGAGCCCCGAGUGGUCAGUUCGCACCGCCUCCGUGGGCACAGGUCUCGCUGAACCUGGAUUCCGAAUCUCCGCCCGCUACGAUAUUGACCCCGCCGAGUCAAUAUCAAUUGCCGAGCACAUACUCGCCAGUGUCGGAUCAGCCGCCUAGAGGGAGUAUCAUAGCGUACCCCGGUCCACAGGCACCACGCGCGCACUCGUACGCCGCGCCUUCAGAAACAGGGAACGGGCCAGCGCAAAGGAAGCCUAUCCCACAGGUCGACGAGCUUGGAGUCGCUCCCCUCCGACCUACACAUAUAUCACCGAGAACGUCCAGCACGAGUCUUCAUCGUGUAUCAGUUCAGUAGACUUUAGGAAAAGGAAAAUAACCGGGACGAUUUACAUAGCGAUGGCGUUAAUGUUGAAG